UGAGUGCAUUACAAAAAAAGAUGACAGCACUGAUUACAGGAGGAGAGUUGCUGUGGAUGGAAAAGGAUGCGAGGCGGGAGGCUGGGUGGUUCUCAGGACAUGUGGGGCGAUCAGGGAGGAGCGCUUCAUAAAAAGCCAGCAGCCCUGCCGUGUAAUGCAACAGUCCAGCCUGUGAGGAGCACAGAGCAGACAGCAGCAGCAGCAGCAGGGAGGCAGACAUUUGCAACUCCAGGAAGAGCAGCCCGGAGGCCCCUUCAAGGCAGCUAAAAAGCUCCACCCCUGUUGGUGGUCAGAGCAGGAAGCCAUGGCAUCAAGGGAGCAUCCAAACACUGGUGACUGCGCCACUGACCAUCUAAACUCAAGAAUGGAGGGUGGUUCUGUUCCCAGCACCGUUAAACCCUGUCCCGUCCACCCUCCAGGGGGGGAGGAUUCAACCAAAGGUUUUCGAAAAGGCAUAAACCGGCAUAAUGACUAUGUAAAGAUCCCUGUGCCUGAGUCCCAAGUGAACCCUCUGCCUUCGGAGUGGUGGAAGACAGUCAUUGCUUUCUUUUACGCAGCUUUUAACCUGGUCUUGACAACAGUCGUCAUCACUAUUGUGCACGAGAGAGUCCCUCCCAAAGAGAACUACCCGCCUCUUCCUGAUAAGUUUUUUGACUACAUCGACAGGGUCAAGUGGGCAUUUACUGUAACCGAGAUUAAUGGCAUAGUGUUGCUGACCAUUUGGCUGAUCCAGUUGUUGUUCUUUAAACACAGGUCAAUAGCAAUAAGACGGUUCUUCUUCCUCAUCGGCACCCUCUACUUGUAUCGCUGUGUGACGAUGUACGUCACCACCUUGCCUGUGCCGGGCAUGCACAUGAACUGUGCUCCUAAGCUUCAGGGAGACACCCAGGCCAAACUCCAGCGGGUUUUACGGCUUAUUUCAGGGGCAGGCCUCUCAAUGACAAACUCCCACCUGUUGUGUGGAGACUUCCUCUACAGUGGCCACACAGUGAUGCUCACCCUUACUUACCUGUUCAUCAAAGAGUACUCCCCUCGGUCGUUCUGGUGGUAUCAUCUCAUGUGCUGGCUGCUGAGUGCUGUUGGUGUGGUCUGCAUCCUGGUGGCACACGAACACUACACUGUGGAUGUGGUUGUGGCCUAUUUCAUCACCUCCCGUCUGUUCUGGUGGUACCACACCAUGGCCAACUUACAGACUCUGAAGUGCUCGCCCAAUAACUACCUCACCAACACCUGGUGGAACCCUGUGUUUAACCUGUUUGAGAGGAACGUCCAGACCGCGGUGCAGUGCUCCUACGGUUGGCCCAUUACCUGGCCCCCCGCCUGCUUGAAGAGCCCCUGCAAGAAGUACUCCAUGGUGCACAGCACACGAGAGGAGUGACUGCCAGGCUGCGGCACUGUUGCUUGAUAAUCCAGUGGUUUUUAUUUGCUGGGUAGAAACCAAAAGCAUACUUAAUGCAUAGUAGUGUCUUAAUAUUUCUGUCUUUUUUUGCCACUGUGAUAUAUUUAUGAAACAAAAGGCUGAAUUGUUGCUGUUUUUUCAUGAAGGGCCUGUUUAUUUUUACAACACACUUCCAUUUUAUUGACUUGACGAUGAGCUGCCACUGUAGCCUCUCCAUGUUAGACAUUAGAAUUAUUAUUUUUUUACCUCAAUACAUCUGUGUACUUUAAGCCAUAAAGUGCCUUAGUGUGUUAAACAUCUGAAGAUGUACCAAAGAUGCCAUUAUCAGUGUUUGUGUUUUUAUGAGCUUUAAUUUGAUUGUGUACUCAUUUUAGAAAUCAUGAGAAAAAAUUUCAAGCUUUUGUUUUGGCAUUGUGGCAUCGUAUUAAAGCGAAGUCAAGCUUCAAA